AUGGCUGCACGCCGAUCGUUCGGGCCCUCGCUCACACCUGCCGGGAAAGUGCAGGUGCGCUGCAUACCCCAGCAGCAGCAGCAGCAGCAGCAGCAGCAGCAGCAGCAGCAGCAGCAGCAGCAGCAGCAGCAGCAGCAGCAGCAGCAGCAGCAGCAGCAGCAGCAGCAGCAGCAGCAGCAGCAGCAGCAGCAGCAGCAGCAGCAGCAGCAGCAGCAGCAGCAGCAGCAGCAGCAGCAGCAGCAGCAGCAGCAGCAGCAGCAGCAGCAGCAGCAGCAGCAGCAGCAGCAGCAGCAGCAGCAGCAGCAGCAGCAGCAGCAGCAGCAGCAGCAGCAGCAGCAGCAGCAGCAGCAGCAGCAGCAGCAGCAGCAGCAGCAGCAGCAGCAGCAGCAGCAGCAGCAGCAGCAGCAGCAGCAGCAGCAGCAGCAGCAGCAGCAGCAGCAGCAGCAGCAGCAGCAGCAGCAGCAGCAGCAGCAGCAGCAGCAGCAGCAGCAGCAGCAGCAGCAGCAGCAG